CUCAAAUCAAACUUUCUGGUCUUCCUUACCCUUCGACAUUCUCUUAUAUCCUCAACUUGUUCAUUCAACUUCUUAUAUAUUGGAUUCGGGCCAUAGAUGUAUAAAACAUUAUGGGUGUCCAUCUUUGCUGGACUUACGCUCUAUUCAGGUCCAGUUCAUACCGAGCAGAUUACUUUUCAACUUCCUAAAUCAGCACAAACAGCAUGUCAAGUGGAAAAAUAUUCAAGAAAGAUAAAUGUUGGAGGAAGUAUUACUCGUGAACAAGCUAUUCUUCAUCUCAAACGCUCAAACUCUCAAUCCGGAGCUUGUAUUUUACCUAUUGAAGACGCUCGAUCAAGUUCACUUAGCGAAAUGUCAGUGAUCUUAGGUCAAGGUAAACAAACCGAGGGACCGAAUAAAAAGAUACUGGAGGUUAAAGUAAAAGGGCAGGAUCUAGAGGCUGGUGUACAUUAUUAUGAAAUCAAUCCGCCAAAAACCAACGAAGCAUUCAUUCUUACCAUCAAUUACCAAUAUUUACAUCUUACAGUACCUAAGCCAAGCCGACUGAGUCAACAAGAUGGUCUGAAACAAGGUAUGGUUUGGGAGGGUGACCUUUUGGGAGGCUUUGGAUCAAUGCCUCACGCUCUGGGCGAUACCUUGGAAGUGACAGUAAAAGUCAUAUUGAAUUUCUUGUCCUCACGCUUCACAAAUAACACAUUCAAUAGCACGCCUACUUCGCGAGUGUUUUCAAACACAAGCCCUUCUGGGUUCAAAGUUGAAAGCACAAACAACGGAGUCAUCUUCACCAGCUCCGCUGCCUCAACUGAGCUUGCCUCAAAGCCUCAAAGUGGACUUGUACAUUAUCAUCAGCCUCAUCCGGUAAUGUCCAUUGGUAAUUGGACACGAUUAGUCGAAGUGAGCCAUUGGGGUAACAAUGUCGCAAUUGAAGAUCAAAUCUCUCUUGAGAACCGUGGGCCAGCACUAAAGGGCUCAUUCUCGCGGGUCGUUCAUCAAACAGCCCUCCACACUCGUGCCCCUGGUGCUACUGCCCACAUCCUCACCGGUCUCGCCCUUGACCUCCCACGUGGAGUGAUGGAUCCUUAUUACAUUGACACCAUUGGAAAUGUCUCUACCUCCCGAUUUCGUCCUUCGCUUUCUCCCCCUAUUUCACCCAAUGGAAAGGAAUCGAAAUUGAAAAAGAAAGAAGCUAAAUUCAGCAAGUUAGAACUUGUACCUCGUUAUCCAAUCGCGGGUGGAUGGAAUUAUUCAUUUGUAAUUGGUUAUAAUUUGGAAGCCGGAAGAGUUCUGAAACAGAGUGCUGCCGGAGAUUACGUCUUGAAAGUGCCUUUCUUUACUAGGAUCUAUGAUGUACCAGUUGAUCUGGCUACAUUGAGAGUAAGACUUCCUGAAGGAGCUACUAACGUCAAAGCCUUUUCACCUUUCCCGACGCUCGAAACUCAAGUUGAUCUAAUUGACAAAACUUACCUCGACACGACCGGUCGCCCGACAGUCUUGAUCAAGAAAGCACUCUGCACAGAUGCUCACAGUGGUGACAUUUAUAUUUCGUAUUCAAGACCAGCUUAUAAAAGUUUUCAAAAACCAUUGGCUAUUUCUGGAUGGAUGAUGACUUUGUUUUGUUUGGCGGCUGGAUUAAGAAGGUUUGAAUGGAAGAUUGGAUAUUAAAAGAAGAUCAUAGAUUUUUGAGAAAGAAAAAUGAAAACUUUGUUAAUACUUUUGUUGCAAAGGACUCCUCUUUGAAAAGUG